AGAGAGGAAAAUGGCGGCUUUCGGACGGUUCUCGCAGAUGUUGUGGAGGUCUCCUUUGACCCAAACCCGGCGUCAGCUUUCUGCCGCCGCCGCCGCUGGACAUGGCGAUUCUGCUAAAACAUGGAAGAUCCUCACCUUUGUGGUCGCCCUUCCAGGUGUUGCUGUGUGCAUGUUAAACACAUUCUUGAAAGCGCAGCAGCACAGCCAUGAUGCUCAACCAGAGUUUGUUCCUUAUUCCCACCUUCGCAUUCGCACUAAGCCCUUCCCAUGGGGAGAUGGGAAAAAAACCCUUUUCCACAACCCCCAUGUGAACGCCCUUCCUGAUGGGUACGAGGGGCAUGAAGAGUAAACCAUCCAGACCUCAUAAUGGGCCCAGUACUUCCCAGGGUCUGUUAUGGGACCUAACUCCUUUCUACAGCUUAUUUUCCCGUCUAGUUUCCUUUUGUCAUUCUGUGCUCAUCAUGGGGCACCUGAACCAAUGAUUCUACUGUUCUGGACCAUUUAACUAAAUGUCAGCUUAAACUGAAUAAACAUUAAAGUAACUAAAA